AUGGCAGCAGGCAGCAACAUGGCUCCUGAAGAAAAGCUGAGCACUACUCCUGUGAAAAGGGCUGUCCACAAGAUCCGAAUGGCCAGCCUAGUCUUCAGCUUGGCGCGAGGCUGGCAGCAAUGGGUAUCUGACCACCACAUAAAGCAAGCCCAAGAGCCCUCUGGAUGGGUUCCCUCUGCAGAAGAUUCAUCAGCUCAGCCUGUACAAGAAGGAACCUUUGCAAAAUGGCCAAUUCCAUCUGUCAAGAGGGUCCAAGGAAAAGAUGAUGAAAAAUCCUCAGCAAAGGAAUCAGUGACAAUAAGAGACGCCGCAAAAAAUUCAAGGGAAUCAGAUGAAGCCCUCAAAAAGUUCAGCAUUAAAAGCAAAGAGGUGACCAAAACAAUUGUAAGCAAAGUCUAUGAACGAGGAGGUGAUGUCAGCCUCCUCAGUGAAAGAUACGAGAAUAACAACAGCAACUCUGAGAUGACGAAGCUCAAAGAAGAAUCAAGCGCUACUGACAAAAUGCUCAGUGGCAAAUUAUCUCCGACCAUAAGGAGAAAGUGUUCAAAUGUGGUAUCAGAGCUGACCAAGGGCUGGAAACAGAUAGAACAAGAAGACAAAGAGAGGGCUAAGGAAGAACUGCUGCUUAAGUGUCAUGAUGAUAGCCUGGAUGCAGAUGACAGUGGCUAUGGGGAAGCAGAGGACAAACUUGAGCAAGAAGACAGUGAUCGAGAGGUGACGGCUGUGAGGAUUAAACGACCUGUUCCAUCUUUCGCAAGCAGGUUCAGCGAAGAAGCACGCACCAAAGCCCACAGGAAAUACAGCCCUGUUAACAGCCUGAGGGACAGAUGGCAAGAAUGGGCCGACCAGCACAUCAUAACUCAGAAGCUGAAUCCCUUCAGUGAGGAAUUUGACCAGGAGCUGGCCAUGUCCACACGCCUGCACAAAGGAGAUGAAGGCUACGGCCAUCCAAAGGAAGGAACCAAAACUGCCGAAAGAGCCAAGAGAGCUGAGGCCCAUAUCCACCGCGAGAUGAGGGAUAUGUGCUUCAUCAUUGAGUCAAUGGCUAAGCCACGGCCAGACGGCAAGAUCCAAGUCACUUUUGGGGAACUCUUCGAGAGAUACGUUCGUAUUUCAGAUAAGGUUGUUGGGAUUCUCAUGAGAGCCAGGAAACACGGGCUGGUGGACUUUGAGGGAGAAAUGUUAUGGCAAGGAAGGGAUGAUAAUGUCAUAAUUACUUUAUUAAAAUAA